UAUUAAAAAAGAGGUCAUGUUCAAACUCUGUUAGCAGUUGUUGUUGUUGUUGUUGUCUAUAAAAGGAGAGAACAUGAAGAGAUAGAGCCUUGGAGACUCUGACAAAAAUAUGGCGGCAACUUUGUUUCGGGCGGUGGCGGUCGCCAUAAUAUUAUUGCUGCAGUUUCUGACGGUGGUUCUGUGCAGCUUUCCGGCGACUCUGACUCUUAAGAGAGCUUUUCCAACGAAUCACAACGUGCAGCUGAGUCAGCUCAGAGCCCGAGACCGAGUCAGGCAUGGCAGGAUGUUGGGUGGUGUCGUCGAGUUCCCUAUCGGAGGCACCUUCAAUCCAUACUUAGUCGGGCUAUAUUUUACAAGCGUCAAACUGGGAACUCCUGCAACAGAAUUUUAUGUGCAGAUUGAUACUGGAAGUGAUGCUUUGUGGGUUGGUUGCAAUUCCUGUUCCGGUUGCCCCCAAUCUUCCGGACUUAAAAUUCAGCUCCAUACUUUUGAUCCUCAGAGCUCACCAACUGCUUCGGUGGUCUCCUGUUCUGAUAAAAUAUGUACACUUGGACUCGAAACACAAGAUUCUAGCUGUGAUUCACAAAAUAAGCGGUGUUCUUACACAUUCCAAUACGGAGAUGGAAGUGGGACAUCAGGCUAUUAUGUAUCAGACUUAUUACAUUUUGAUACAGCAGCUGGUAAUCAGUCUGCGACAUCAAACUCUUCAGCCUCCAUUGUCUUUGGGUGUAGCACGUCAGCAAGCGGGGUGUUGCAGAAAACAGAUAGAGCAGUCGAUGGGAUUUUCGGAUUCGGGCAGCAAGAAAUGUCUGUCAUCUCACAGCUGUCUUCACAGGGAAUAGCUCCAAAAGUAUUUUCUCAUUGCUUUAAAGGAGAUGACACUGGCGGGGGUAUAAUGGUUCUUGGUGAGAUCGUGGAACCUAACAUUGUUUAUACCCCACUUGUCCAAAAUCAGCCUCAUUAUAACUUAAAUCUGGAGAGCAUUAGUGUUGGUGGUCAAACAUUACCAAUUGACCAAUCAGUCUUUGCAACAUCAAGCAACCAAGGAACGAUAGUUGAUUCUGGGACAACUUUGGCAUACCUUGCACAAGAUGCCUAUGAUCCUUUUGUCAACGCAAUUACAAGUGCCGUUUCACAAUCUGUGACUCCUGUUUCUUCCCAGGAAGAACAAUGUUACAUAGUCACCUCCAGCAUCAAUGAUACAUUUCCCCAAGUUAGUUUGAACUUCGCUGGUAAUGCAUCCAUGAUACUAAGACCUGAGGACUACCUGUUGCAGCAGAAUUCUGCAGGUGAUGCUCAAGGAUGGUGCAUUGGCAUUCAGAAAAGUGAUGGUCAAGAUAUAACUGUAUUGGGAGACCUCGUCCUAAAAGACAAGAUCAUUGUCUAUGACUUGGCUAAUCAACGUAUUGGAUGGGUUCAAUACGACUGUUCAAUGUCAGUCAGCGUCUCUUCAAAUACUAGCACCGGAACUGCAUCUGUUAAUGGAGGGUCCAUAGACGUCAAUGAUAACAGCAGUAGUUCAUUGAGGAAUGACCCUUUCAAAUUGAUACCGAUAAGCAUGAUGUUCGCUUUCCUUGUUCACAUAUAUAUCAAUCACUGACACUUUGCUAUUCCUGUAGCACAUAUAGUCAUUGUUUGGUUUGCAUGAUUAGGAUUGGGUUCCUGCACAUAUAUCGCAAUAAGCCUCAGAUUACUAUUUCUUCUUCAAUACUUCGAUUGUAUACCUUCUUGCGAGACCUCACAUUAGAACUUUUACAGCAGUUGACAGUUUGUGCUGCAUGCUCACUGUGUAGCAGAGUUGGCCGUUUGAUCUGCCUUUUAGGUUAGAAUUGUUGUUCUUUCAUCAGGUACAUAGAAUUACAAUUUUCAUUGGGGUUUAUUGCCCACAUUGUAAAUCACAUUCAGAAAGUUAUUUGUUUCAUAUACUGCAGAUUCAGAUUUGUUAAA